GUGAGCCAUGUUCAUGACGUAAACGGUUAGAAAACAAAAGCAAAAUGAGGGGAGUGUGCAAUGUGAACCUGAGAGCGUAGCGAUGUCCUCCUCGAAGUUUAAUUAUUUAUAAAUUUAUGUUGCAAUUCGCGCCAGAAAGCGUCUAGAAAUGCGAAAAUUCUUUUGUUUGCAUCGAAAUAAUGAAGAAAAAAAUUGUGAAACUAGUUUCGUAAGUUCGAGCUGAAUGUGAGGAAUUUGUGCGUACUGCGUAGUUGGCCGUGGAAAUCGAUGCUUUUCGACGUAGACGUCAUAUUGGGUGAAUUGGCAAGUUUUCUUGUGAAAUAUCGUCGAUUUUCAUCGCUUGAGCGAGUAACAGCAGUGGAAAAGAACUAGUCAGGCAGGUUCACACCCAUCUUAUCGCAAGAAUUCGCAACGAAAAUGUCGACGUUUAUUAGUAAGCCUCUCGAUGGGUGGAUUCACUCCGACAAACUAAUUUCGAAGCAAGGAGCGACUUAUGCAGUUAGGUAUGUUGGAUGUCUGGAAGUGAAAGUCUCCAUGAAAAUCCUCAAUUUCAAGACCCGGUCGACUGUUGCCAAAGAAUGUAUAAAUAAAGUCUGUGAGGCCGCCGGGUUAAAAACGGCCGAUAAGAAACGAAAAAUCGACAAGAAAGUCUUAAAAGCCAUUGCUGAAGUUCCUAAUAUGACGCAUGCAGGGGCUAACGUUAGUCUAAAUGUGUCAAGUUCGAAUCUAUCUUUAACUUCACUUGAUGACAAUAAAGUUAUUGCUUGUCAUGACAUGCCCCACAUUUCCUUUGCUUCAGGGGGCGAUAUUGAUACUAUGGACUUUGUUGGUUACAUUGCAAAAGACAUGAACGACUUUAGAGCCUGCUAUGUAUUAGAAUGUGGGGGUGGUUUAGCCAAAGAUGUUAUAGCAACUAUAGGACAAGCUUUCGAGCUCAGGUUUAAACAAUACAUGAAACCAGCACAAAUUGGCCUUGCAAUGGGUCAGCCGUCGACGUCCACAGGUGGCGACGCCGAUAAAGACUACUACAACGAUCUUCCAGGCAAAGUACCUCCCGAUGUUGGUCCUCCACCUGUCCCUCCGCUUCCUUCUGUUGUGCCACCAUUUACAACCUUACCAUCAGUCCAAAGUCCUAAUUUAAUAGACCUUAAUUCCGACAUUUCCGUUUUCGAUACGCCACAUCACGAUUAUGUUAAUGAUAGUAUUACGAUUAAAGAAAGGGACGUUUUUGAUAUGCAACCGUUUACAACGCAUCACCAACCACCGGUUAGGAGUAUUGAAGAACACUUAGCGGAACUUCAGCACGAAAUUUGGUUCCAUGGACAGAUCAGUCGAGCAGAUGCUGAAAGACUUCUCCAGAAAGAUGGGGAUUUUCUUGUGCGAGAGUCACCAAAUUCGGAAGGGCAGUUUGUACUUUCGGGGAUUCAAGAUGACACGAAGAAACAUCUCUUGUUGAUAGAUCCUGAAGGAGUGAUACGAACGAGGGAUCGGAUGUUCAAUAGUGUCAGCCAUCUUAUCAAUUUCCACUGCGAGAAUGUUCUACCAAUUAUCUCAGCUGAAAGUGUUCUAGUUCUUCGCAACCCAGUACCAAGAAUAUCAUAGUUUUUAGUUGGUGAAUAUUAACUUGGCUUGCACUAGUUUCUAUGUUUUAGUAUUGUUUAAAUGCAAGUUUAGCAAAUUAUAGUACAAAGAUUUUCAUGCCAUAUAGUAAAAAUUCGAAAUGGUUUUUGCUAAACUUGUUUAGUGAGAUUUCCCUUUCUUUAUUCCGGGCAAACGGUUAUGUUUUCCAUAUGGCACAGCAUAAUCAUGUCAAUAGUAUUCAAUGAACUUUAAACGAAGUAUUAAUUUUUUACGCAUUUAUAACGUGUAAUAAUAACAGUUAAAGCCUCAUUCUUAAUCAAACAUGAUGUGAUUUAGAUAGUUUUAAUUGUGCAUACAAGAUUGCAACAAUAUGUGAUAGAUCCCAGGUUUGGAGAACAUGAAGAGUGGAUUAAAAUUUUAUAGGUAUUAAAUUUAAAAAGUCGAUAUAGUUGUCUGUUGAGAGUAACUAGUAAACUAAGACAAAAAUUAUUUUAUUUUUUUAUGACAAAGGACUAAUAAAACAAUUUUGUCGGUUUGGAGCCAACUGAAUUUUCAAUUUCUUCUUUUAUAUCUUCUUAAAGUAUGAAAUACCACAAUGGACCUAAACAAAAUCUAAACUUAAAUAACAACAAAAAUUUAAACUUUUUUCAAAAUUACAUACAUCUGUAAAAGACUUGAAAACAUGACACCAUUUUAUCACUAAUGUAAAAUUAAGUUGUAAUAUUGACAACCCAAAAACACAUGAUAAUGUUAUGGAUUAAGUUACCUUUAAAGUAGAAACUUGUUUGGUUUAAAAACUGCUGGUUCAUAAAAUGUUGUUCUCUCUGAAGUUGACCUGACCUGACCUGGUCAUCCGCAAUUUUUUUUAAUAACAAUGCAAUUACGUGUUUUGUAUCUAAACUUGGUAAUUAAUUUUUACACCAACCAAGUACCUAUUUCACUCGAAAGACAUUUUCUGCCUUUUGCUAUUGCAUUGAUUGUGUUGACUUAUUUUGUGCCUUUUUAAUUAAUUCUUAGUAAGUUUUUACAACAACCAAUGACGAUUAUCACUUUCAAGUUUUUCUAACUUGGGAUAUUUUAACAGAAACUGAAGAAUGUUUUUAACUUUUUGAAAACAAAACUAUUUUUUUAUUAAUUGUGGACCAGUAAAGAAUAAAAUUGUUAAUCUAUGACUAAAAAGACCCUUCCAAUGCUCUCUAGCUACAGAAACGUACUUGAAUUUGAAAAUGUCUUGAACGCUUUAGAAGAUUUUCAAUGAUUAAUAUAUCUUUUGGAAGUUUUUAUAUUUAUAGGCACUAUUAUUUAUGCUGUGUUGCAUUAUUUUUGAUGCAAAAUUCUGAUUUUUUACUGCUUUUGAAUGCAAGACUGCAGCAUUGUCGUGUUUACAGUUUUCGAUUUUUGGAAAUUUUCGGGUACCCAAAAUCGUUCGUGUAGACAUGACUAUGCACUAAAAUGUUUGUUAAUUCGCUUUAGAAUAGAGACACAAUUUGCGAAAUAGUCUACAAGUGACCUUAAAUCGCACAGAAACCGUUUGAAUUUGGCGCUCUUGAGACAAACCAAAAGUCUUUGUUACAUUCCUGAAUUGAUUAGGUUUUUGUGCAAUUAAUACAGGUGCUACGUGUCGAUUUUUAGGUUAGAAUUCGAUAUUUUCGAUAAAAUCUUGACAAAUUUCAACCUUAUUUCAGUCUGGAACGUUCGAAUAUAGGGUUUUUCUUAUGUUAAAGUUGGUAAAAUUUUGUUAGUACGAAUUUUGGAUUUUGUGCACCUAGUCCCGGAAACGGAUACCGCGUUUUCACAAGAUUUGAUUGGACAACGGCCGUAGGAAAAUAAUUCUCAUGCAAUAGACUCUAUGUUACGCGAAACUUACCUUAUGGUAAUAGCGAAUAAAGUUGACGCUCGUGACGUCAGAGAAAUGUCAUACUACCCCGCGCUCUCUGCGUCCCGCUGAGAUUCCCUCGGUUUGCACGGUUGGCUCCCCUGCCCCCCGUCUUGCGCUUUUAGCUACGCUGUCGAUUCAGAUAGAAAGUCAAAAUGGCUGCGAGCACCAUUCGCAUACAAUUAUGGUGGCAUCAAUAAUAACUAACUUAACCCUAUCUAGUGGCGAAUUGUGAUAUAUAACCUAAAAAGUGUGUUUUAUAAACAAGUUAAAAGAGACUAACUAGUUUUGUGAGCUUAAUUAAACGUGAUUUUCAUUUAAAACUCGUCGGCGUAGUUGUACAAAAUGGCGUCAAUCAGUGGUGUUGCAUGAACUUUAUUAUUAAAUCACCAAAUUUUUGGUGAAAGGGUUAAUUUUGCGGAGAUUGAACGUUAUGAAAACAUUAAAGGACACUUGCCGUUUAAUUUGCAAAAAUUUUUGUUGUGCUUGUUCAUAGUAAUUACGAGAAAUUCAGGAUAAACGUGGUACAAGAUGCCAGAGGUAAGAAUAUCUCUUUAAAUAUUAAUCUAGGGGUUGUUGUUCGAUCAAAAUUACGUUUUCGUUAACUACAUCGUGUUUUUUAAAUACUGCGUCAAUGUGAACUCAAGGGCGUGGUCUGAUUACUUAGAAGAUUUUACACACUUUUCUCUUACAUAUUUUUGUUUACAAGUGGUUUUUGCUCAAUUUGGGACCCUAGUCGACCGUGUUCCACACUUUUCUUUAUAUAUUUGUAUUCUCCAUACUCCAAAGGACCUGCCAAGCCAAAAAUUUUCAAUUUUUGAGAUGGACCCUUUUGAGUAAUUUUAAGAUAAAGUUAUGGAUUUAUAUUGUUGCAACGUCCCUUACUGCAUUCAGACAUGUUAACCUACGUUUCUGGGUCUUUUUCAAUUCUUUUAAUAACCCCGCUUUUCUUAUAAAUGCCUUAAUAUGUAAUUUAAGCUUUUUGAUUCAUAAUAACUUUGUAUUUCAAUUUUUAACACCACUUUUGCCAUGGGGUUGAUCGGACUGAUGAAUAUAACCUUUACAAAACGUUACCGUUUUAUUCAGUUUUAAUAUUCGUACUACUGAGAGCGGUUAUGAGAAUCUAGACGUACUUUUAUUUAAAAAAUUAGUACCAAAUUAAAGUCAUGGCGUUCAAAUUUUACCCCUCGGGACCCAUAACGAAAAAAUUCUUAUAUUUGGUUUCUUCUAAAUCUUCUUUGACAAAAUAGAGACAUAAAAUUCAAAAUGUCGAAAAGGAAUUUACCUACCUUUAGCGCAAAAGAUUUUUUUUUUAAUUAGUUGAUUCAAAUUUAACCUUAAAAUUGAUGAUACUUGCCCUUGUAAUAAUUAGGUCUUAUAUAAAAUUGUUUUUGAAUAUGAUUGUACAUUUAAAGAACAUUAAAUUAUGAAAUUUUUUAAA